GGAGCGACGGCGGGCCCAGACGAAAGGGGCGGGGCUCAUUCCCGCGAACCGAACCUGGCGGUCCCGGAGGUGGAGUCGAAGCAGUCCGUUCUUCCUCUUGUGGUUUCCCGGCGCUGCGCAGGGCUGCACCCCGUGGCGCUGCGGGUCGGAGGAUCGGCGGCCAAGCGCAGGUUGCCUGAAAGACAGAAAAAUGGGGGACUCCGUAAACCAAAUGCGCCCACUGAAUGAGAAGCAGAUAGCCAAUUCUGAGGGUGGAUAUGUGUGGCAGGUCACCGACAUGAAUCGCCUGCACCGCUUCCUAUGCUUUGGUUCUGAAGGUGGGACUUACUAUAUCAAAGAGCAGAAGUUGGGCCUUGAGAAUGCCGAAGCUCUAAUUAGGUUGAUUGAAGAUGGCAGAGGAUGCGAAGUGAUCCAGGAGAUAAAGUCAUUCAGUCAGGAAGGCAGAGCUGCCAAGCAGGAGCCCCUGCUGUUCGCACUGGCCAUCUGUUCCCAGUGCUCCGACAUCAGCACGAAGCAAGCAGCGUUUAAAGCCAUGGCUGAAGUUUGUCGCAUUCCUACACACCUCUUUACUUUCAUCCAAUUUAAGAAAGAUCUGAAGGAAAGCAUGAAAUGUGGCAUGUGGGGCCGUGCCCUCCGCAAGGCUGUAGCAGACUGGUACAAUGAAAAAAGCGGCAUGGCCCUCGCUCUGGCAGUUACAAAAUAUAAGCAAAGAAAUGGCUGGUCUCACAAAGAUCUGUUAAGAUUGUCACAUCUUAAACCCUCCAGUGAAGGACUUGCUAUUGUGACCAAAUAUAUUACAAAGGGCUGGAAAGAGGUCCAUGAAUUAUAUAAAGAAAAAGCACUUUCUGUGGAGACUGAAAAAUUACUAAAGUAUCUGGAGGCUGUAGAGAAAGUGAAGCGCACACGAGAUGAACUGGAAGUCAUCCACCUAAUAGAAGAGCACAGAUUGGUGAGGGAACAUCUUCUAACAAAUCACUUGAAGUCUAAAGAGGUAUGGAAGGCUUUGUUACAAGAAAUGCCUCUUACUGCAUUGCUAAGGAAUCUAGGAAAGAUGACGGCGAAUUCAGUGCUUGAACCAGGCAAUUCAGAAGUAUCUUUAGUAUGUGAAAAACUGUGUAAUGAUAAACUGUUGAAAAAGGCUCGUAUACAUCCAUUUCAUGUUUUAAAUGCAUUAGAAACUUACAAAACAGGUCAUGGGCUCAGAGGAAAACUAAAGUGGCGCCCUAAUGAAGAAAUUUUGAAAGCUUUGGAUGCUGCUUUUUACAAAACAUUUAAGACAAUUGAGCCAACUGGGAAGCGUUUCUUGCUGGCUGUUGAUGUCAGUGCUUCGAUGAACCAAAGAGUUUUGGGCAGCGUCCUCAAUGCCAGCACAGUUGCCGCAGCAAUGUGUAUGGUUGUCACACGGACCGAAAAAGAUUCUCAUGUAGUUGCUUUUUCAGAUGAAAUGGUACCGUGUCCAGUAACUACAGAUAUGACUUUACAACAGGUCUUAAUGGCUAUGGUUCAGAUCCCGGCGGGUGGAACUGAUUGCUCUGUUCCUAUAACCUGGGCUCUGAGGACAGACACCGCUGCUGAUGUUUUCAUUGUACUCACGGACAACGAGACCUUCGCCGGGAGCGUGCAUCCUGCUGUGGCUCUGAGGCAGUACCGCGAGAAAAUGGAUAUCCCAGCUAAAUUGAUUGUUUGUGGAAUGACGUCAAAUGGUUUCACCAUUGCAGAUCCAGAUGACAGAGGCAUGUUGGAUAUGUGUGGCUUUGAUACCGGAGCUCUGGAUGUAAUUCGAAAUUUCACAUUAGAUAUGAUUUAAAGCACCACCAUGAUCUGAGAGGUCCCUUGCCAUUAGUGAUCUCAUUAAAAAUAUGCAGCUACUUCCCAGCUAAGCUUAACCCAGUGAAAGAGGAUAAGACGAUGGCAUAGUAUGUGCAUAGUGGAAAGUUACCUUACCAAAAAAAAAGAAAAGAAGAUAAGCCCAAAGUUCUUUCUGUCUACUAACCUAGCUCCUGGGAAAUAGCUUUAGAAUACACUGUAGCUCCAUGUAAUAGAGAACUUCCUGUUGAUAGACACUGUAAAAUAGUCUAACAGUUUUGCUUUGGUGAAUAAUCACAUUUGUACUUAAAAGAAGUAAGAGCCAAAAGUGUAAGUAAUUCCAUAUCAUGUCACUUGUUUGAGAAGUGCUUACAGUUUUCUUAAACAUUUUCAUUGGGAAAGGGAUAACUUCGAUAAUGUCCACAUACUCUGAAAUGCACUGGACCAUGUAACUGUGAUGGAAUAUGAAACUCAUCUGUAAACUUUUAUACUGGGGGGUAAAACACAGAAACUAAGACAUUUGCUUAAAUUCUGAAUGAGUUUUUACAAAUUCCUGUAAGACUUUUCUAAGGUCACAUAAAUAGCAGCUUUCUUAUUCAGUACAAAAGAAACUGUUUCUUGUGUUUUAUUUACACUUGUACAAUUGUUACCAUUAACCAGAAACAUAAUGGAAACUCCUGAAAAGGGACUCUAAUGUGAGUGUCCGCAGAGGAAGUCUCUGGUUUGCUUUUUUUGUUUGUUUUGGUGUAUUUUAUUGCUGUGAGUUAGGAGCAUGACUUGACAGUUUCCUCAGAAUUAUAGCAAGAGAGCCACAUGUAGUCACUUUCUUUUUUUCAUACUCUUAAAUGAAGACAACAUAAAAUGUUUCAAGCGUUUAAUUCCCCCACUCAUAAUCUGAAAAUGUGACAGUUAAAAUCUCAACUAUAACCUUAAGUUGAGCUUUUUCUUUACUUUAAAAUGAAUAUUGUUCUAAUUACUUUUAACUAUUUUUUUAGCCAACUGUAAAUGGGUUUUAGAUAUUUUCUAAUUGUAACAUGUCAGUGGCCUAGUUCUUUGUCCCUUAUUGGCAAAACAUUGUUUUUUUUGACAGAGUGAAAAAAAAUAAUAAAAAAACGAACUAGGUCUUUGAAAGGCAAUUUUUGAGUAAGGAAUUACCACUAACCAGUCUGUAAGAAAGUAUUUUUUUUCUAUUUUAUUUGUAUUAUUAAACGUCUUUUCAUUACACUGAAGUGCAUUAUUUUCUUGAGCAGAUGCCCCUUUGUGGGAGGUUUAACCUGUUGAAAUGCCAAUAUCUUUGCUUAUAAUUAUAUCAUGGUUGUCUAAGCUUACACAUAAAACUUCAAAUUUUAUGUAUUGUUCUUUAAAUAUUAAUUAAGAAUUUACUGGGGAUUUAUAAAUCCGUACUUACUUAUUUGAAAAGGCAAACUAGUAAAUGUAAAUUACAGCCUUUUACGUGCUUGGGGUUUAGAGGUUUUGUUUUGCGCAGAAGGGGGACUUUAGUAAUCUUAGAAUUUGUGUAGGUAAUGUCUUCUCUUUUGUGGGAAAUUUGGGCUCUGGGAGUGACAAGAAAAUCUUCCUUUCAAACUUAUUUGACAUGUUAAGGUAGCUCUGAUGUAUAGCCUUCAAGGCAACUGGUAGCAAUUUGUAAAUGUUGUGUUUCACCUCGGAUUGUUUUGGUCAGCAAAGCUAACAGCAACAUUUCCUACCCCCACCAACCCCCCAAAGAAUACAUUGCUUCUGAUGUCAUUUUGUUUUUUUAACUAUCAAACAUCGGAUUUAAUGUGUUAGCUACAAUUUUUUUUUUUUACGUAUUAGUUACUCUUGACACAUUAAAAUACUAUGUUCAGAUUGAAUUUAAUGUUUAAAGAACAUAAUAGAAUUGUGUACUAGUUAUUGAAUUCUUUAAGUUAAAUACAAGAUCUUAAUUGAAAAUUAUAAAAUGAUCUAACUUUUUACUCUUAAUUGAAAUUAAGUGAAAUAUAGUAUAUAUUUCAGUUAUGUACUGUUUUUAUAGUGUUUUUAGACAGAUAUUCUUGAGCGAAUAUUAAAUCCGUCGAAGUAAGAUUAGAUGUAACCUUUCUGAAGAAUUUAGGUGGGUCAAAUGGAUUAGGGUAAGAUUUAAGAAAGGAGGAAAAAAACUAAACGAACCACCACAGAAGGUAUCCUGGAAUCUUAGAGCUGGAAGAAACCUUAGAAAUUUAAAAGGUGAUUUUUUUUUUUUUUUUAAUUUGGGUUAGGGAUCCGAGGUCCGAGAGUGUGGCUUUGGAGCGCUAGAUCUAGAAAUCGUGGUCUCUUCAUUCCCAUUGCAAUACCCAUGUAGCCACUAAAUGGGGAAGACAUUGACUCACAAGAGUAGGGAAUAAACUAGAAUUAUUCAAAACUUUUAUCUCUUAGGUAUUAGGAAUUAACGUAUAUACCUGAUGGCUUUAGGAGCAGAAAAACAUAGAAAUUGUAAAUAUGUAUACUUUUGUAGUUCAUAGUAAUCCUCAAGCACAAGGUCUUAACCCGUGUUGCUAUAUAACAUAGUCCUAUAGAAAAAUUAAAAAACUUGACCUCAGUAUGAAUAAAAUGUACUCAAGUGAUAAAGAAGUUUUAUUUUCUGAAUUAACUUUUAGGAUUACUGCUGCGUUAGUAUUUAGGGAAAUGUUGCUUUAAAAACACAAUCUUAAGAAAAAUAAACUGUAUUUCCUAGAAAAUAUGUAAAUAUUUUCAGGAUAUAGUUGUAAUUAGAAAAAAAAGAAAAAGAAAAAAACUGCUACCCUUCCUUGUUAGUUGAAAUUUCUUACUAAUUAACACUGUUAUAUAUUAUUUAGUUUAGUAACUGUUUUCUGGGAAUAUUAGUGAGGAAGAUGCUAGUAAAUGGAAUUUAGUGUUAGCUUUCUGGAAUCUCUUGGUUUAUCUAAUUUACUGUGUAACAGUAGACAACCAGUUCACCCUAUGUGAUUCAGUUUUGCUAUCUUUUCAAAGUAACAUACCUGAUGCUUGGAUCAUGGAAGAAUCAGUAAUUCAGUAUCUGUAUAAAAGUGCAAAUUGGGAGGCGGGCUUGCAAUACAAAUUAGAACUGUUUUUUUAAUUAAAAACAUUCUUAAUAGGAUGUGUGUUUUGAAAGACAAAAUGUUUUAGGGAAACAGCACAAUAGGGUCAAUAAUUUUUUUUAAACACUCCUGAGUGGAAAAAUGUGGAAGAAAAUUUUUCACAAUAAAGGUGAGUAUUGACUAAAGUCACUAUUCUCUGUUCAAGAGAAAGAAGGAAUAUACUCCACAUCCCCUUAGGUGAUCCUGGAAAAACAAACUCAUACUCUAACUGAGGAGAUGCUAUUAACAUUCGUUUAAUCUUUUAAAAUAACAGGUAAAUUGCAAAUGAUAGAAUUUUAUCAGGCUUUUUUUCUCAUUUUCUGAGAUUUUGCAAAAACAAUAUAAAAUUAUUUUGGAAAUUUAAGGCAGAGUUCCUGAAUAAAUUUGAGGAUCUGACCAGUGAGAAACCUCUUUGAAAGCACAAUAAAGCUAAAUCUAAACAAUAAUUAAAGGGAAAUUGUUAUGAUUGUUGAUCGGACCUAUUUUAUUUGACCUAAAGAUACUGCACCCACAAGUACAAACUUCUUGAUAAGGGAUGCCCUUAUAGUAAGUGAUCAAAAAUGAGAAAUUCUACACUUGUAUACCACAGGUUUGGGGUGACUUGUUAAGGCAGUAUCCUCUCUAGAGAAAUGUCAUACAGCCUCAAUGUAAACAGCACAAGGAAGAAUUAGAAAAUCAAAAAGGAGAGCGAAGCUAUGAAAUCUGUUGUAUUUGCUGUAUUGAUUUUAUUCACUAUCCCAUUUGCUAACCUCUUACUUGUUGGAAGAUGACUUUAUACCUCUAUUUUUCUUUUAAAACUACUGACAUUUUUGUCUUCUGCUGCUUUUUGUAGUCCUGCUCUACUAGGGUACUCAAAUGAGUGGCAGGAAAGUCACCCAUAGUUAGGUUUGGAAUGAAUCUUCUGCAGAUUGCUUUUUGUUCCAUAUAGAUUUAAGAUCAUAUUUUUUCUCAUUAAUGGGCAGGCCUCGUGGAACAAUAAUUGAAUUGACAUAUUCUCUCCCCAAAGAAAGGUAUAUUGUAUACCUUUUGUAUUAGGUGUUUGCAGAAAUUUUGAGGCCUUUGAAGAUCAGUUAUUCAGCCCUUGUUUGCAACUAUAGAUGCACCUAGCUCUUA